AUGAAUUCAAAUAUUAAAAAAUCAGAAAUGCCCAUUGAACACCUUAGAAGUUUAAAAAAUACUAAAUAUUCAACAAUAGGAUGUUUUAAAUAUGCACCUAUGUCAAUACACACACUGUUAAGAACAAUUCCUAUGCCCUGGGAAGAUAAAAAAAUCUGUAAAAUAUUAUAUCACAUUAAUGGAAAUAUUAGCUUUAUACUCGAUAAACCUAAAAUAAGCAAAUAUGAUUUUAUGAAGAAUUGGGAGGAUUUUAACAAACAAAUUAAAAAAUAUAAAGAAUCAAAUCCUUAUUAUAAAAUAUUUACAUUUCCAAUACAUGGAGAUGAAGAAGAAAUAUUUUAUCAAGGAAAUUAUUUAGAUGAUUUUGUAAAGUCAUUUAAUAAAAAUAAUGAUAAUGAAAAAGUAAGAAUAAUCAAAAAACAGAAAUUUAAUUUUUAUGAUAUUUCUUUGUAUAAAAAUACUUUUCCUUUUAAUUUGCAUAAUUUGGAAAAAAACAGAAUAAAAAAUCUAAAAAAAUUAAAGUGUCAUAAAUCACCUACAGAUAUUUUAAAACACUUAAAAAAUACCAGAUUUUUUCAAAUUACAAAUAUUGAAUGGUUAGAAGCAGCAAUUAUUAUUUUAAAUCAAGGUCAUAAAAUGCUAUCAGAAAUUUUAAGAAGAAAAAAGUUGUAUUUUAUGUGUUUAGAUAAGAAUUUUAAUCUUAAACCUGUUAGACCUUUAAAAACCAAAGAAAGAAAAAAGUCAAGAGUAGGAACAUCUUUCCAUCUUACAAGAGAAUUAUACAAACUUAUAAAAUACAUUGUAGAUAUUUUUCUAUCUGUUAGUAACAAAUAUGAAUUAUGUUUAAAUUUACAUAAUUUAUUUACUAAAAUAGGAACUAUAACGGGAAUUUAUAGAUACAAAUAUAAAGUUAUGACACAAAUAAAAAUAUGUAAAGAUAUAGAAAGAGUAUUAAAAUAUUAUGAUGAUUAUUCAUGGUCAGAAAUAUGGCGGAGAUAUGUUUUUAUGACUAGAGGUUAUAAUUCUUUAUUAAAAAAGUAUAUUAGUAAUUUAACAGAAAGAAUUAUUAAUGGAAGGGAAUAUCAUGAAAAAAAGGUUACUAAACAACGCAUAGAAAGUAGUUAUGAUAUUAACAUAAAAAAUAAUAUGAUUAAUGAAAUGGAAGGGAAAUAUACAAAAAAUCAAAUAAAAAUGAUAUUAAGACAUUUUAAUGAAGCUUGGAGAUACUGGAAAGCGGAUCAUAUUUACAAAUUUAUGAAUAUUGAAGAAGAAUAUAAUAAUCUUAUUAUUUCUAAUAUAAAUGAUAUUAUUAAAAAAUAUAUUAAUAUUAAAAGUCAAUGGUACAUUAAACAAGCCAUAGAAGGAAAAGUAGAAUCAAAAAAAGAUUUUGUUAAAAAAAUAGGAAAAUUAACAAGAUUAUUUUUUAAAGAAGAAAGAUAUCGGCAGAAAAAAUAUCUUAAAAAUUUGUUAAUAACUCCUUUAGAAGCUGCUGGUAUUUAUACAACAGCUUAUAAUUAUUUUAAAGAUAAAAAGAAUAUUAGUUUUCCAGAGACUAAUUGUGAAAAGCAUUUACAAAAUGCUGUACAUUAUUUAAUAAAAAAUGCAAAAGAUGAAGAAAAAGAAUUUUAUGAAAAAGUUUUAAAAAAUUCUUCUGCAUAUAUUUUUCAAAUAAAAAAAAAUAUUUUAACACAGAAAAAGUUUAGAGAUGUAGAAGCUAAGAUAUCACAUAGCUACAAUGAAUACAUUGUUAUCUACAAAGUGAAUUAUAUAGAAAGACUUACUGAUGCUUUUAUUGCAUCUUAUAUUUUUUAUGAAACUUCAGAAAUAUUUCCUGAAUACAUAAAACCUGGUGAUGAAAUUGAAAGUAAAAGUCUUUAUGGCGUGGUAGAUAAAUUAAAACAUUUUAAAAAUGUUUAUUUAAUAGAAGGAGAAUAUAUUGAUUUAAUGAAAAAUAUAGAUAAUAAUUUACUUGCUAGAUUAUUAAAAAUAUUUAUAGAUCCUUUAUUAGUGGAUUAUAUUAUUAGUAGAAAUAAUAUAAAAAUAUAUUAUAAAGAUAUGUCAUAUACAAAUCAUUUAGGAUUUUUAAAUGGAUUUCAAUUUAGUUCUUUCAUUCACAAAUUUUAUACUUUUGUGAUAGAUUUGGUUGUUUUUGGAGAAAAUGUUUUUAUACGAAAUUUUAAUAAGUUUUAUAUUUUACAUUCAAGUGAAUGUAAAAUAUUAAAUGAAAAUGAUUUGAAAUACGAAUACAUGACAAGACUUCCUAAAAAUAUAGGUAAGAUAAAAUGUAUAAAUAUAUCUUAUUGGGAUAAUUUUAAAUUUACUUAUGCGGGAGUAGAUAUAAAUAUUUGUAAAGGAAAUGUAUUUUUUAAUCUAAAUGACAAUACAUUAGAAAUACUUAAAUUUAGAAUUCAACAAAUUAUAAAACUUAGUGGAUCUAGUACAUUUAUUAAAACUAUUAAUAAAUGGAAUAACACUAUACUUGGAUUUAUUACAAGAUAUCGUGAAUUUAUUGGAAAUUCACCUGAAAUAGAUAAAUUGUUUACUUGGGCAGAAAAAUCAAUACAGUUGCUUAUAAAAAAAGGUCUUAAUUCUAAAAUGCCUGCUAGAUUUCCUGCUGUAUUAUUUUAUACAUCUAUAAAUUAUGGAGGAUUAGGAAUGUAUUCGGUAAUGAAAACUUAUUGUGAAGAAAAAAUACAGAAUGAAGAAAAUAUUUUAAAUAUUCCAGAUUUAAGAAAUUACAUAAUUUCAUGGAAAGAAGAAUUUAAUGAAUCAAAACGUGUAUGGUUAGAAUUUAAAAAAUCAGAGAAAAUAGAACCAAAUAAAGGUGUUCCUAGAAUGUCUACGCUUUUACAAAAAGAUAAAAUUACAUUAUUUGAUAGAGAUUGGAGAUUACAGAAUAUUUAUAGAAAAUACAUUAGUUCUAAAUAUGAUCCAUAUAAUUUUAUUAGUUUACGACACGAUGGUAAAUUGUGGGAUUUAUCAAAAUAUAAUGAAGAUAUGCUUGAUGCUCUUGGUGGCACAGGUCAUAUUUUAAAGCAUACGUUAUAUCAAGCAACAUAUGCUAAAGAAUUCAGUAAGUUAUUUUGGAAUGAAUCUAUUAAACAUUCUCACAUGACUAAAGCACAAAAAUCAGGUCUAAAUCAAAUACCAAAUAGAAGAUUUACACUCUGGUGGUCUCCUACAAUAAACACUACUGAUGUUUAUGUUGGAUAUCAAGUUCAAUUAGAAUCUACAGGUAUUUUUAUGCAUGGCAAGCUACCAACACUAAAGGUUUCUUUUAUACAAAUUUUUAGAAAUAAUUUGUGGAUGAAGAUACAUGAAAGUUUAGUAUCAGAUUUAAAAAACAAUUUAAAAAAUUAUUGUGAUUGUGAGAUACAAAAAAUAUUUAAUAAAAAAAGUAUAACUUUUAAUAAAAGUUGUACAGAUUUAUUACUUAUUGGGAAUUUUUAUGUUCUUAGUCCAAAUAAUGAAAAUAUUGUUAAUAUCAAAGUUUUAUGGAUUGAUGUUCAAUUAAGAUGGGGUAGUUUUACAAAACAUAAUUCAAAUAAAUAUGCUAAAGUUAAAUACAUAGAAUAUAUUACUAGUGGAUUUUAUCCUGAUGAAUAUGGAUUAGUAAUUGUAUUUGAUCUUUGUUACAAUACAGUAGGAUUUUAUGGAUAUCUUGAUUCUAAACUUAUGUUAUCUAAUAUUCUUGAUAAAAUAUUAAAAAAUAAUCUUAGUCUUCACAUUUUAAGAGAAAGACUUCGUAAAACACUAGAAAUUUACACUAGUGAAGUAGAAGUAGUUGUAUCAAGUAAAGAAAUGUACUAUAAUACUUUGAUUGUUGAAGAAAGAUUAUUAUAUCACAGAAAUUUUAUAAUUAUAUUAGAUCCAGAAUCAGGAAAUUUAUACAUUAAAUUUGUAGAGGGAAAUAAAAACAGAAUUAAAAAAAAUUUAGCGGGUGAAAUUCUAUUAGAAUUGUCACGCACAUUGAAAAAAGAAAAUAUUUUAAUAAGAAAAGAUAUGUAUGACGGAAUAGAAGGAUUUAUGAUAGAUUACAAAGAAAUAAAAAUUAAGAUUUAUGAAAAUAAUAUUAAAAUGGAGAAUAUAUUAAAAUUAAUAAAUCAAGAUAUAAAAAAAGAUAUAGUAAUUAAUUUAUAUAAAAAUUGGUUUGGAUUAACAUCAUUCACUAAAUUUUGUAGGUUAAUUCUCUUAGUACAGGCAUAUGACGUGUUGAAUGAUAUAUCAUUUUUUACCAUCUUGUCUGAUGCUGAGUGGAUUAAAGUUGAGAAAGAAUGUAAAGAAUUUAUUAUAACUGAAUAUUGUAGUAAGAAUAUUAUAAAUAAGCAUAAGUUACUUACAUCUGAUAUUCGUGAUAUAGUAUUUGGUUUUGAGACAGAAAAUAAGGUUAUUUAUUCUGAAUGUACAUGGGAGGAUAAAUAUUUUUUGAUGGAUGAAUAUCUUAAAAAAAAGAAGUAUUUAGAUAUAAAGAAUAUUGAAUAUAAAGAUGAUGUAAUAGAUAACAACAGUUUAUUAUAUAACACUUUUAUUGAUAGCAACAAUUUGAUAGAUAACAAUUUGAUAAAUAACAAUUAUUUAAUAGAUAACAAUUUGAUAGAUAACAAUAUAAUAGAUAACAAUAUAAUAGAUAACAAUUUGAUAAGCAAUAAAUCAAUAAACAAUAAUAUAAUAGAUUACAACAAUUUAAAUAACACCAAGGCAGAUAUUGAAAUCCCAAAAAAUAUAAUAAGAAUUUUUAAACGAGUAACAAAUAUAAAUACAAUAUCUUUUGCUUUUUUAAUACUAGACAGUAAUGUAAUAUCAUUAUUAUUUGUACCACAAUUUGCUACAGAAUUAGAAAUACAUUCUUGUAAUAAUAUUCCUAAAUUUAAUAUAAUAGGUUUAAUUACAAAUACAAAUAAUACAAAAAUAAUUGAACCUCUUAUUAAAAAAUAUAACUUAUCUAAUCCAUUAGUUAUAGAUGUUACGGAUAAUAAACCUUAUAAAUUAACUAAAAGAGAAGGAUAUUCAUAUACACCUCAUAAAUGGAACUAUAAUUUAUGUAAAAAAAGUUAUGAUGAUAAUAUAAUUUUUACAGUAGAAUUGGGAAUACCAGAUGAAUUUUAUAGUGGAAAUAAUUACAUAGAUUUUAAUAAAUAA